UUCAAAAUGAAAUGUGAUUUUGAUUGUACGUCUCUUCACGCUGGGUUUGCACCAUUGAAACCUGCUGUGGAGAAAACAAGACUGGAAGAAUCCUGCCUCUUGAAUUAUGAGGAAGGCUUUUGUAAAAGCUGUGCUGAAGAGCACCAGAAAAUACUCCUUAGUGACUCAUACCAUGCGGCCACCAGAAGCCUAGAUCUCGAAGGUGAAGGAAGACCUGUACAUAACAAAGAAAACAAAGAAGUAACCCAGAGACUUGAUGAAGGUAUCUAUGAAAUGGAAGCACUGGAAAACAGUAAAUUUAAUGAGGACAGUGGUUAUUCCUCUAUGUUAAGUAAUCAAUGCACUGAUGCAAUAGAACAUGAAGAUAGUAUACCUUUGGCUGGGAAUCUCUGUGGCACACCAAAGCAUUGUCUCAUGAAGAACCAAAAUGAAGCACAGUUUUCAAAGAAGACUUUAUUGCCAGUAAUCCAUUAUGAAGAAAUGGUUUGCUCAACUUUGAAAAAAAGUGGUAAAAGAAAUCUCAAGUCUUGGGCUGCAGUAGACAGAAUUGUUUUUAGGGGAAAGGUUGAACUUUGUAACCUAAUUGGAAAGAAAAUGGGAUUAGACAGAGUAGACAUUCUUGCCGAACUCUUCCAAAAGAACCUGAAGCAUAUAUUGGCAAACAUUUUAAGGCAUCUUGGUGAAAUGGAUUUAAUAAAUUUUGCCAAAGUCAGUACAACAUGGCAGAAGAUUCUACAAGAAGAUAAAUGGAUUUUCCAAAUGUAUAGCAAAGCUGUGAAAAACCUUUCUAAUGUCACUAAGGCAUCAGAGCAUGCUGCAACAAGGGAGUAUGUUCUCUACCGAGCAGCUUUAGCUUCCAUUCAGAAAGCAACCCCACCAAAAAACUUGAAUGAAAAAGGCACCAGAUCCAAAGCAUCUAGGAAUCACAGCAGACUCACGGAGUUUUCUGAGGCUGCCAAGACCUUGAAAAACACUGAAAGCCUUAAAGUCUGCCAUCGCUGUGGCUCACCUGCCAAGUACGACUCCUAUCUACAAAGAGCAACAUGCAAUCGUGAAAAUUGUGGCUUUGACUUUUGCACUAAGUGCAUGUGCAGCUACCACAGCUCCAGUGACUGUAUGAGUGGAAAACCAGUGAAACCCAACUCUAAGCUAGGGCCGCUUCCUGGAACUAAGAAAAGCAAACAGAAUCUACGGCGAUUGUGAUCCAUCCAUCCCAAUACAGAUUGUCAGAUGUCCCAUAAAAGUUUUUUUAGGAUAUGAAGUUAUUCACAAAGAAAAUCAAACAAGAAAAUGAUUUCUGCUAUU